AUGCAAACCCGACAUCUCCAGAAUCCCAUUCCCACAAAAAAGUUGCGGUUCAUCCCAACUCUUCCGGUCGGCUGUAUCUCAACCUCGUGUCUCGUCUCUUUCUCUUUAGCCCAACCCAAAGUUUUCCCCAAUAAUCGAAAACACUCGCCCACAAUGCCCUCCGAAGCAGUCGUCGUGUCGACCUCCGUCGUCGCCCUCGUGACGGGCUUCGUGCUGGGCGUCUUUUCGAUCCGUGGCUACCUCAUCUCCCCCGAACUGCGCGCCGAGGCUCGCGCCAACACAGACGACCCGUUGGAGAGCGACGAGUCCGACAUUGACGAGGACGACACCAUCCUCGACCACGCCCCCAACUGGGCCAACGGCGUGGCCGCCGACCGCCGCGACGGCCUGCGCCAGCGCAACGCUGCUUCCUCAGCGAAGCCCGCCUCCUCCAAGAAGCCCAACCCCGACUCCGCGCCACUUGCCGACUCCAAUGAGGAGUGCAAGCUCGUCCUCGUUGUCCGGACGGACCUGGGCAUGACAAAGGGCAAGAUGGCGGCGCAAGCAUCGCACGCGACCCUCGCAUGCUACAAGUCCCUCUCCCGCGCCGCAGCCAAGGACCCGUCGUCCGCGGCUGCCAACAUCCUCAAGCGCUGGGAGCGCCUCGGCCAGGCCAAGAUCGCGGUGCAGAUCAAGAACCAGGACGAGAUGCUCGAGCUCAUGGGCAAGGCGCGCAGCCUCGGCGUCACCUCCGAGGUCAUCGCCGACGCCGGCCGCACGCAGAUCGAGGCCGGCAGCCUGACAGUGCUCGGUGUCGGCCCCGCGCCAAGGAGCCUCGUCGACCAGAUCACGGGACACUUGAAGCUUUUGUAAAAGGGGGCGGCGGGUGAGCUGUGCCCGAUGCGGAUACGUAAGUGUUGGUAUGGAACAUAGAAGCUUGGGAAAACAAAUGAAAAGGAGCGUAACGGCGCAUGGUACAUAAAAGUUGGCGAUGGACUGGCGUGUGUAUUUCUUCGCAUGUGGACAUGGGUAUGUCCCCGAAAUGAUCAAAAAACUCCAACAACCAAGAUGUUUGGUCCAACUGGCUGUUGAUGUGAGAUUGAGUCGAACCUCCAAAAGGGAUGUAUGGAACAACGGGGCAAAAUAUCGACUUCUCAGAGGCGGCCAAUCACACAACAAUCUGGUGCUCUCUCAUACGCUUGGUGGGUUGAGGUGAACGACCUAUGUAAGCACACACGCGAGACGUUUAGAUUGAAAGCAUCAAGAUUUAGAGAAGAACCCUCAGUUUUGGGUAUUCAUGGUCACUAAAGGGUGAAAAUGCCUAAACGCCUCUUACAUGCAACCAACUCCCCGUCCAACUUUUAGUCGACUUUUACAGUAUAACCCUCCGGUCCCCCCCCCCCCCCCCCCCUC